AUGGUAGACAUAUUCUCCCAGUCCCCAGGCUUGAUUGUUGUUGUGAUUAAGAGCCAGGCGUUGUCCCCCCCCCUCCUCCAGCGAUCCAGGGCAGCGCUGCAGCGGUACCUGUUCUACUGCAACCGCUACAUGAACCACAUGCAGUCGCUGCGCUUCGAGCACAAGCUGUACGCCGGGGUCAAGCAGAAGAUGGAGGAGAUGCAGCAGCACAACAUGUCCUGGAUCGAGGUGCAGUUCCUGAAGAAGGCCGUGGACGUGCUGUGUCAGUGUCGCUCCACACUCAUGUUCACCUACGUCUUCGCCUUCUACCUCAAGAAGAACAACCAGUCCAUCAUCUUUGAGAACAACCAGUCCAUCAUCUUUGAGAACAAUCAGGCUGACUUGGAGAAUGCCACGGAGGUUCUGUCUGGAUAUCUGGAGCGGGACAUCUCCCAGGACUCUCUGCAGGACAUCAAACAGAAAGUACAGGACAAGUACAGAUACUGUGAGAGUCGGCGGCGGGUUCUGCUGCAGCAUGUGCAUGAGGGCUAUGAGAAGGAUCUGUGGGAGUACAUAGAAGAUUGAGGAUGGACUCUUUACUAAAACCCCUUCUACAGACUAGAGCACUGAUGCAAUGCCACGGGGCAACACUGGUUUUCAGCUAUUGUUGCUGAUCUUCCCAAUAUUGCGUUUUUUGUUUUUUUUUCUUGGGUUUUGUUUAAUGGAAAAGUUUAUAAAUUAUAUCAAAAUAAAAAAAGAGGUAGAAUAUUUCAAACAUUAAUCGUACAACAGUAUUGUUUGUAGCAGAUUUGAUUGUGAGGACAAAAAAAAAAAAAGAACUCCCCACUUCUCUCAAUUGGUCACUAUUGUAACAUCACUCCCUUUCCCCAACUACUCUGUUCAGUUUUCCAGUGAGAUGUAUUUUAUUUGUUUCAUUUUAAGUACCCUUGUUUGGGACAUGGGGUUUGUGUUCAACACAGUCCAACUGUUCAAGCCAUGUUCAUUGAGUGUGGUUAGAUCCCAUGUAGGGUUGUUGAAUGUUGAUUUGCUGAUUGUAAGGUGUCAAACCAUAUGGGUUGGCAGACAAAAAGCAAAGGGAGUGCAAAAAAAAAAAGAAGGAAACAUGUUUUUCAAUUUGUAAAUAACGCAUAUGCAUGGAACAGCAAGUGUGGCAUUUUUUUUUUUUUUAAUUUUUAGAAAAAUAUUUAUUCUUUUUCAAAUAUUCAAUAUAGUUGCUGUGUAGAAGACAAGUUCCCUCCUGCUUUAAAAAAUAAAAAAGAAGAGGUGUUUGUGAGGGUUUGGAAGCUGUGUAGCUUCUUCACCCAGGAGAACAAGGAAAGAAACAGUUUGAACGAACGAUAGAACUCUGACUGGGUUGUAGUAGCUUUAAAGCAAAUCUGACUAAACAAAAUCCACUAAAGGAUAGCAUUAGUAGGUGAGAGAAUGAGACUAAAGAACAAACCAUAUUUUUUAACAGCAAGCCAGACUGUAGUUCAGGUAAUACAUUGAUUAUUCAUAGUUGGAAUUGACCUCGCAACUUUCAGAGGUUAUCAGCUAAUUGCACCUGAGGGGUUUUGAGAAAUGAAUAGAGAAUGACUUGGAAAGGAGUCCGGCUGUGUCUUAAAUAGUACCCUAUUCUCUAUAAAGUGCACUUAUUUUGACCAGAGCCCUAUCUAUGGGAGCCCCAUCUAUGGGAGCCCUAUCUAUGGGAGCCCUAUGGGCCCUGGUCAAAAGUAGUGCAUUAUGUAGGGAAUAGGGUGCCAUUUGGGAUGCAAGCCAUGUCCUGUUUGU